AUUUUUUUACAGAGAGUUUGUGUAUUUCAGAAAAAAAAAAAGCCGCAUGUUUUUUGUCUUAAAAAUUACUAAUCAAAUAUCCUUUGCUUCCCAAACAAACCCAGACGUACUAUUCAGACCACGCAGGACCAACAAAACCAACAAAACCAACAAAAACACUCUUGGCAUCGAAACCCCCCUUUUUCUUUUAUUAAAACCAAAAUUUUCAAUCAUAGAUUCUUCAUCAAGAUUAUCGUCUUAGCUAAUUGAGUAAAAAUUACACCGCUUCUCCUCAACUUUUUAAACAGUUUUUUUUUAAUAAAUAAAUUAAAAUAUUAAUACAUGAAAUUUCGUAAUCGAAUCGGAGUUUCUACCUUUCUCACUAAAUCUUCCUCUUCUCAAUAAUCCGCUGCUGCCAAGCUUUUUGUUGUUGCAACUUGAUUAAUUAAUCAACGGCUGUGAUUAAAUCUUCUUCACCUUCCUCUGGGAGUUAAUCUUUGUUUAUUCAUUCGAGAAUAAUAUGUCAAUGGCGGACCUAAAAGAGCGUCUGCUUCCGCCGAAACCUCAAUCGGCUGUAAACCUUAGAGAUGCUUCUUAUCGGGCAUCUGCCUCUGGACGCCAACCUUUCCAAGGCAUGGAUUUAUUGGGGUUAAAGAAGCGGGGCCAAGGACUUCGAUCUUGGAUCCGUGUUGAUAUAUCUGGGAAUUCCCAGAUCAUUGAGGUUGACAAGUUCACUAUGAUGCGUCGUUGUGAUCUACCGGCCCGGGAUCUACGGCUUCUGGAUCCUUUGUUUGUUUACCCCUCAACAAUCCUCGGUAGAGAGAAGGCUAUCGUUGUAAAUUUAGAGCAGAUACGGUGUAUCAUCACUGCUGAUGAGGUUCUACUCUUGAAUUCCCUUGAUAGCUAUGUUUUGCACUAUGUUGUAGAGCUACAAAGGCGACUAACAACUGGAGUAGGUGAGGUUUGGCAAUCAGAGGGUCCUGAGUUGAACAGAAGAAAAAGCAGUAGGGGUUUUGACAAUAUAUAUGGGAGCACAUCCCCUGAUUAUUUGCCCUUUGAGUUUAGAGCUCUUGAAGUUGCUUUGGAAGCUGCCUGUACAUUCCUUGAUUCACAGGCAGCAGAAUUAGAAAUUGAAGCAUAUCCACUAUUGGAUGAGCUUACAUCAAAGAUCAGUACGUUAAACUUGGAGCGUGUCCGCAGAUUAAAGAGCAGACUUGUUGCCUUGACUCGAAGAGUUCAGAAGGUUUUAAAAGAUGAGAUAGAGCAGCUAAUGGAUGAUGAUGGAGAUAUGGCGGAAAUGUAUCUUACUGAGAAGAAGAGCAGGAUGGAGUCAUCAUUUUAUGGUGAUCAAUCUUUGAUGGGAUUCAGAUCAAAUGAUGGCCUCUCUCUUUCUGCUCCAGUUUCUCCUGUUUCUUCACCCCCCGAAUCCCGCAAACUGGAGAAAAGCUUGAGCAUUGCAAGGAGCCGCCAUGAGAGCAUUAGGAGUUCAGAGAGCACUACAGAAAAUAUAGAAGGGCUGGAGAUGUUACUGGAAGCAUACUUUGUUCUCAUUGAUAGCACCCUAAAUAAGUUGACUUCGUUGAAGGAAUACAUAGAUGACACAGAGGAUUUCAUCAACAUUCAGCUGGAUAAUGUUCGAAACCAGCUGAUCCAAUUUGAGCUGCUACUCACAACCGCGACAUUUGUUGUUGCCAUUUUUGGGGUGGUAGCAGGAAUAUUUGGCAUGAACUUUGCGAUACCUAUGUUUGAUGACCCAGAUGCAUUUAAGUGGGUCCUCAUCGUUACUGGGGUUUGUGGGAUCAUCAUAUUUUGUGGCUUUGUGUGGUUCUUCAAGUACAGAAGACUUAUGCCUCUAUAAGGAAACAAAAGAGAAGGCAGUUUUUCCAUCAUUGUUGUUAUCAAUUAUGUACCCUGCAUAUGGAACGAGAGAAACACCAAAAAGAUGGGUCUCAUUUUAGAGCCAAUUCUUUUGUUGCAGUCGCACAUCUUUAACUGUACAAUAACUUCAGCUCUAGGAAAUUAAAUUUUAUUGAAUUUUUUCUUGUUGUGUGGUUAAAGUUAUACCAUAGCUAAUCCGAGAAAGCAAGAGUGUAAUCGAUCGAGUUUGAGUUGAUAUAAUUUUAAGUUUGAGUUUGAGUUCAGUUUUAAAUUUGAGAUUUAAAAGUCGGCUCAAACUAGAUCGAAUUUUAUUUUUGUAGCUCAAACUUGACUUGAGA